CCUCUUAACUUGACCGGCUCUUCGGAUAAAAGAUUCAACCUUGAUGGUGAAAUUCGAUCGGGCUUAGGGACGUCAGCUAAAGAACCCUGCAUAACGAGUCACACUUCCGUUCCUCCACACGUCCAGGCCUGCUACACUUGCGCAAAUCAGUCACGCCCGCUUGACUCGCGCAGUCUGCAGUCGCUCUUGUCUAUUCGGGCCAGUCUCAAAAAACAAAAUCGUAACAUUCGUCUUUCGACAUGUCCUCAUCCUCACCGCCAAAGCCAUCUUCCUCCUCCUCCCUUCGAUCGUCUCCCUCCUCAUCUUCCUCUAACUCGGUCCAUUCAUCUUCCCCAUCACACACGGCUGCCCGUUUGACUCAGAUUCAACGUCACACCAUGGGUUCUUCCGUCGCCGACACCAUCUUCACCGAGGAUGUUGUUCCUCAAGCCCCUGAGGAUCCUCUCUUCGGAUUGAUGGCUGCCUAUCGAAAAGAUACUUCUGACAAGAAAGUCGAUCUGGGUAUUGGUGCCUAUCGUGACAACAACGCGAAACCCUGGGUGUUGCCCGUGGUCAAGAAGGCUGAUGACCUUCUUCGCAAUGAUCCCAACUUGAACCACGAGUAUCUUCCCAUCGCUGGUCUCGCCGAGUUCACUGCCGCCGCCCAAAAGUUGAUCUUGGGUUCAGAUAGCCCCGCCAUCAAGGAAGGACGAGUCACUUCAUUACAAACCGUCUCAGGCACUGGCGCUGUCCAUCUGGGUGGCCUGUUCCUCUCCAAGUUCCUGCCCAAACCUACUCCCACUAUCUACCUCUCAUCACCCACAUGGGCCAACCACAACCAGAUCUUCACCAACGUCCACCUGCCAAUCGCCAAUUACCCAUACUUCUCCGCAAAGACCAAAGGCCUUGACUGCCAGGGACUCCUCUCCACCUUGUCCUCCGCCAAGGAAGGUUCAAUAGUCCUCCUACAUGCCUGCGCCCAUAAUCCCACUGGUGUUGACCCGGCGCCAGAAGAAUGGAAACAAAUCGCCCAAGUUGUCCGAGAACGCAAUCUCUUCCCCUUUUUCGAUUGCGCAUACCAGGGUUUCGCUUCGGGAAAUCUCGCACAGGAUAACUGGGCCAUCCGUUACUUCGUGGAGCAAGGCUUCGAAUUGAUCAUCGCCCAGUCGUUCGCAAAGAACUUUGGUCUCUAUGGUGAACGAGCAGGUGCCUUCCACUUUGUCGCUGGCCCUGGCGAUAAGGCUCAGGACAUCACCAAACGAGUCGCCUCUCAACUCGCCAUUCUCCAACGUUCAGAGAUCUCAAACCCUCCAGCCUAUGGCGCCCGUAUUGCCAGUCUGGUUCUGAACGACCCAGCCCUCUUCGCCGAGUGGGAGGAAGACCUGAAGACCAUGUCCGGUCGCAUCAUCCAACAACGAAAAGCCCUCAAAGCCGAGCUCGAUAGACUGGGUACCCCAGGAAACUGGGAACACAUCACCAGUCAAAUCGGCAUGUUCAGUUUCACUGGCAUCACCGAGAAACAAGUCCUGGCUAUUCGCGAGAAAUGGCAUGUCUAUAUGACCAAGAACGGUCGUAUCAGCAUGGCUGGUCUCAACACCCACAAUGUGAAAUACUUUGCUGAGGCCUUGGACGAUGUCGUCAGACAUGACUGAGAGAUGAAAGUCUGGUUCCAGAUAAUUCACUCGGGUAGAUUGACCUCGACUCGACUGGACCCGACAAAGUCUCCCUGUAUGUAUCUUACGCUUUUCAUUUCUUAUAUCACAUCACGUCACGUGACGGCCAUCCAUCAACGGAUAGACAAAACAAACAGGCAGAUAGAAUGAAAUGAUAUGUUUGCCAGACUUGUUCCUAGUA